UGGUUCUGGGAUGUUCUGUGUAUGAAAAGAAUUUGAACCACUGCCUUACCCUUGCAUGAUCGUAAGAGGCGACUAAUAGGGUCUUAACAGUUGGUUUUGCAGUAACUCUGUGAUUCCAGCAGGUAUGCAAAUUUUGAUUCCAUACCUCAUGUUCUUAUUAUGCCCCCACUUUGAGGGGGGCAUAUAGAUUUGCUCUUGUCCGUCCUUCCGAGAAUGUUGUGUCGUGCCUAGCUCCAAAAGUAUUUGAUGUAGAGUCACAUAACUUUACAGGGAUGUUGGUCAGCAUGUGUAGUUGUGCACCUGGGGUUUUGCUUCCGGAUUCAUUCAGACCUGUAGGAGUUAUGGCACCUGACUUUGUAAAAAUUGGUCAGUUUAGUGUUGUGUCGCGCCUAGCUCCAAAAGUAUUUGACCUAGAGUCACCAAAGUUUACAGGAAUGUUGGUCAGCAUGUGUAGUUGUGCACCUGGGGUUUCGCGUCCGGAUUCAUUCAGUCGUGUAGGAGUUAUGGCCCCUGACUUAGUUAAAAAUUGGUCAUUUUAAUGUUGUGUUGCGCGUAGCUCCAAAAGUAGGGGAUUCAUCCAGUCCUGUAGGAGUAAUGGCCCCUGACUUAGUAAAAAAUUCGUCAUUUUAAUGUUGUGUCGCGCAUAGCUCCAAAAGUAUUUGACCUAGUCACCAAAGUUUACAGGAAUGUUGGUCAGCAUGUGCAGUUGUGCACCUGGGGUUUCGCGUUCGGAUUCAUUCAGUGGUGUAGGAGUUAUGGCCCCUGACUUAAUUAAAAAUUGGUCAUUUUAAUGUUGUGUUGCGCGUAGCUCCAGAAGUAUUUGACCUAGAGUCACCAAAGUUUACAGGAAUGUUGGUCAGCAUGUGCAGUUGUGCACCUGGGGUUUCGCGUCCGGAUUCAUUCAGUCGUGUAGGAGUUAUGGCCCCUGACUUAGUUAAAAAUUGGUCAUUUUAAUAUUGUGUUGCGCGUAGCUCCAAAAGUAUUUGACCUAGACUCACCAAAGUUUACAGGAAUGUUGGUCAGCAUGUGCAGUUGUGCACCUGGGGUUUCGCGUCCGGAUUAAUUCAGUAUUGUAGGAGUUAUGGCCCGUGACCUAGGAAAAAAAUUUCAUUUUAAUGUUGUAGUGGGAGCAUGUACACAUUUCUAGUUUCGAUGUAAAUGAGAUGUGGAACCAAAAUUUGUAGUCCUGUUUGGCACCAUAUAACCUAUACUGUGUUGGUGCGCCAUAAAACCCAAAUAAAUAAAUAAAUAAAUUAUUAUUUAUUAGACAGCCUAUUAAACGUUCACUGGUAUUCUGAUACAAAAUUCUUUAUAAAGAUAUAUUCCUUUUAACAAACAUUUGCACCAAGAAAUAAUUUUCAGCCUGUGUUUAAAUUUUUCAUAAUCAGGCUGCAUGGGAAUAGAGUAAUUUGAGAGAAAAUGGUCUUGUUGUGCAGUAUGUAUGAGGUUUUAAGAACCUCCUUAAGCAGGUGUAACCUUUAUAUAUCUCUAUGCAAACUGACACUUAUUCGAGGAAACCAUAUUUCAUAAUGUUGAAGGUAAUACAAAAUAUUUCAACUAGGUUUAUCUUAUUAUAUCUAAAAACAGAAUACAGUUUAUUGUAUACAUGUUUGUUUACAACUUUGAAGGCUGAAGAGUCACAAAGGGGAAGUAACUGAAAAUGGACUUCCUGUGUAAACAUGGCACUUGUGCCAUUAAUUUUCAUUCUCCUGUAUCAUUCCAAGAGUGUGAUGUGUGGACUCAUUAAUGAAACAUGUAAUGAAUAUUUCCAACUAAAGCAUGUUUUUGGUUACCCUAUCACUGAUAAAUGCUAUCCUAACAAUCAUUGGUAUCUAUUCAAAAAUACAGAUGAAUGGAGAUUUGCAACUCAACAAAUGUUAAUUUCCACAUUUCCUGUUGAUGGAGAAAGUCAGAAUUAUGUUCGGGAAGUAAAGGAUGUGCUGUUUUCUGUAGUUUAUCCAACAUCAUUGAAAAACAAUCCGAAACUGGCAGCCAUUAAUGAGGAGGUAUUAACAGCUGUGCUGGAUUUAGAUCCUAGUGUGAAAGAUUCUACAAAAUUUAUGCAGUUUGUGAGUGGGAAUAUAGUUCUACCUGGUGUAAAACCACUCGCUCACAGGUAUGGUGGUCACCAAUUUGGAUACUGGGCAGAUCAGCUUGGAGAUGGACGUGCAGUCAUGUUAGGAGAGUAUGUGAACCACCUUGGUGAGAGAUGGGAACUGCAACUAAAGGGGUCAGGUCUUACUCCAUACUCAAGAAGAGGGGAUGGAAAGGCAGUGAUAAGGUCAUCAGUGAGAGAAUUCCUGUGUAGCGAAGCUAUGCAUGCUCUAGGUUUGCCUUUCCUGAUCUGUAUACCUACAAGCAGAGCUGCAAGUAUUGUUGUAAGUGAUGACCCGGUUAUACGUGAUCAGUUUUAUAAUGGGAACAUCAAGAAAGAGCGUGCUGCUGUUGUGCUUCGACUCGCUAAAUCAUGGUUCAGGAUUGGUUCAUUGGAAAUACUCACUACGGACAAAGAAAUUGACUUACUUAAAUCUUUGGUGGACUUUAUCAUUGAAAACUAUUUUCCAAGUAUUGACUUAAAUGAUCCUGGCAAAUAUUUGGCAUUUUUCCAAGAAGUGGUACAGCAGACAGCAAUCAUGAUAGCACUGUGGCAAAGUGUCGGGUUUACACAUGGGGUUUGCAACACAGACAACUUCAGUAUAUUAUCAAUCACCAUAGAUUAUGGUCCUUUUGGAUUUUUAGAUGGGUAUGAUCCAAAAUUUGUCCCAAAUACCUCCGAUGAUGAAGAGAGAUAUAGUUAUGAAAAGCAGCCAGAUGUUGGAAAGUUUAAUCUGAAUAAACUGUGUCUAGCUAUAUUACCUUUGUUAAACAAAAGACAGACUAAGGAAGCAAGUAUGAUACUGAAUGGUUAUGCAUCUAUUUAUAAAACAAAAUUUAUGGAACUAUUUUUUGAUAAGUUAGGAUUUGAAAACCAUGCAAGUUAUGAUGAAGAUGAUGAGCAGUUUAUUGCAAUACUUCUGAAAGUCAUGGAAGACACAAAAGCAGAUUUUACAAUGACUUUUAGAGAACUUUCAGAAGUUUCACUUGAAACAUUAUCCAAUCAGUUAAAACAUCAGAAUAUUCCGAAAAAGUGGUGGACACUGAAUGUUCUACAAAAUCAUGACUGGUUUAGUAAAUGGGUAGAAGUUUAUAUGAAUAAACUAUCAGAAGCUGGCAUAAGUGACUCUAAAAGACAAGAUGUGAUGCUCAAAGUAAAUCCAAGAUAUAUUCUCAGGAACUGGAUAGCACAGACAGCCAUAGAGAAAACAGAGCAGAAUAAUUUUGAGGAAAUAAACUUUAUUUUGGAAGUUCUAAAGAGGCCCUAUACUUAUGAUGAAAAAGCAGAAGAAAAAGGGUAUGCCUCACCACCUCCAAACUGGGCCAGGCAGCUGAAAGUCAGUUGUUCAUCUUGAUUAACUGAACUGUUUAAUUGAUGUUUCUUGCCAUUAUUACUGGUAAACAGUAACAGAAAAUGUUUCAUUUUCAUAAAUCAUAAAACUAUCAUUAAAGUGUUCUUUUUA